UCGAGAUGUCGAGAGGCCACAUCUCUGCGCAAUCGAAGGAUAACACACAAACGCAGCGCGAUGAAGGCGGAUAACAGCACCUUCGGCCGCUUCAAGGCCGGCGCCACGGAUAUUGUCAUAGAUGACGUCGCCGCCAUUGCCAAGGAAGCUGGUGAUGCUAUUAUGGCCAUCUACAAUGGCACGAGCGAGGCGGACUGGAAGAAGAUCGCCGACUUCAAGGCCGACGGCAGCCCGCUGACGAAGGCGGACACGACGGCCAACAAAAUUAUUUGCGACGCGCUACGGAAGAAGUACCCGCGCAUCCCGAUCGUGUCCGAGGAGGACCCGAUCCCAUCUCAUGAGGAGAGAAAUGAAUGGACGCACUUCUGGUGCGUCGAUCCGUUGGAUGGGACGAAGGAGUUCAUCAAGCGGAAUGGGCAAUUUACCGUGAACAUUGGACUCGUUGCGGGCGAUUCGCCUCUCGCGGGUGUCGUCUACGUCCCUGCAGCCGCUGACGGUCCCGUGAUGUACAAGGGCGUCAAGGGCCUGGGCCCGCCUGUUCGAGAAAUCGACGACCCCCUGGGCUAUGAUUCGUAUAAAUCGAUCUUCUGCAAAACGUUCGACGAGUCCGACGCCGGCCUAACCAUCGUCGCGAGCGCGUCGCACGGCUCGGAGGAAACCGAAGCGUUCAUCGGGAAGUACAAGGACUGCAAGCGGCUGUCGAAAGGGUCCUCUCUCAAACUGCUGAUGGUCGCGGAGGGCGCCGCGCACGUGUACCCGCGGCUGGCGCCGACGUCCGAGUGGGACACGUGCGCGGCCCAGGCCAUCGUCGAGUGCGCCGGCGGCGAGGUGCUGCAGUUUGAUGGGGGGAAAGCGUGCGACGCGGGAAAGCCCGUGGUCUACGGGAAGGAGCACCCGCUGAACCCGUUCUUCGUCGUCUACGGCAAGCGGGAGACGCGGAAGGCGCCUUCCAAGAAGAAGGAUCUGCUCGAAGACGGGAGUGGCGUGAACGUGCCCGCGGUGGCCGCUGGGGUGUUGGGGCUCGGGGCUUUGGCUUUUCUCGCGCUCUCGUAAGGCGCGUAAUG